GGUGCCCUCUCUCUGACCAAUCCAUCCGGCUCCUCACAGGGCAGAAGUCAACCCCGGCCCCACCGCCUGCCCCUUGGUUUUGGCCCAAAGGUCAGGGGUGGUUGAGAGUUGCACAGGUACUUUUAAAAGAAAAAAAAACAUGGAUAAAUCGGUGGCUGCUAAAAGGCACCAUAGAAUCAUUUUGUUUGGAAGAGACCCUCAAGAUCAUCGAGCGCAGCCAUAACCUGACUCUGGCACUAACCCACGUCCCUAAGAACCUCGUCUAAGCGCCUUUAAAACCCCUUCAGGGAUGGUGACUCCACCACUUCCCUGGGCAGCCUGUUCCAGUGCUUCACAACCCUUUCCAUGAAGAAAUGUUUCCUAAUAUCCAAUGUGAACCUCCUCUGGCACAACUUGAGGCCAUUUUCUCUCGUCCUAUGACUUGCUACUCUGGAGAAGAGACCAAUGCUCUCCAUGCUACAACCUCCUUUCAGGUAGUUGCAGACAGUGAUAAGGUCUCCCCUCAGCCUCCUGUUCUCCAGGCUGAACAGCCCCAGGCCCCUCAGCCGCUCCUCAUCAGACUCAUAAGCCAUCGUGCUCCAAAAGCCGCAGCACCUCGUGUGAGACACUGCAGGCCACAGUGGCAGCUUUGGGAGGUUCAGAGGUAUUUUCAAGCUAAUUCCAGCCUUCUUGGAGGUGGAGGAGUGGAUGGCUGCAUACACAGAGCUGCCGGGCCCUGCCUAGUUGCCGAAUGUCGCAACCUGAGCGGCUGUGAGACUGGACAAGCAAAAAUCACCUGUGGAUACGACCUCCCUGCAAAAUAUGUGAUCCAUACUGUGGGGCCGAUCGCAAGAGGCCAUCUCACCGACACUCAUAAAGAAAACUUGGCAAAUUGCUAUAAAUCCUCUCUGAAACUGGCAAAAGAAAACAACAUCAGAUCAAUUGCAUUUCCCUGUAUUUCAACAGGAAUUUAUGGUUUUCCAAAUGAGCCUGCUGCUGUCAUUGCCCUUAACACUGCUAAGGAAUGGUUAAGCAAGAAUUACAAUGAGGUGGAUCGUAUCAUCUUCUGCGUCUUCUUGGAGGUUGACUACAAAAUUUUCAAGAAGAAAAUGGGCGAGUUUUUCCCUCUAGAUGAUGCUAAUGAAGAAGGGACUGAGCUGAGUGAAGAGAGAGAAGGAUUGGAACAAAAAGGCCAGCCUCCAUCUCCCACAAAGAGCAAAGCAGAGCAGCCUGAGGACCUGCACGAUGAUGCUGAAGGUGGUAACAGCACAGAGGAGAAGCAAAACACUGAAGAAACGGAGGCCCAGAGCCGAGAGGCAGAUGAGACGAAACCUUCAGCUGUAGCCAGCCUAUUAUCAUCAGAAGAAACAGAGCUGAGCGAGGAUAAAGACUCCCUGAAAGACUUCAAAGGCGCACGGGAGGGUGACCCAGCGCAUCCUGCGGGAUGCCAACAAGAUCAAGCCCAAGGACAACAGGAUGUUUCUGCAGAGGAGGAGGUGAAAACUGGGGCAGACUCCCAAGGCUCCUGCAUGGAACUAGAAGAGCCACUAUUGAACCAGGACGACACAACAGAAGUUGAGAUACCUUUGAGUCAUGGUGCAGUGGAAAAAGAAGAAGGAAAAGAAGAAGAAGGAGGAGGAGCUGAAAUGAACAGUCAAGUUGAAAGUAGAAAUGAUCCUAUGGAAACAGAGCGGGAAGUUUAAGUAACAGGAUGCAGGAGAGGAGAGACCCGAGGAAACCCGACGGGCAGGCACUGACAUCCUACGGCAUCAUUCUCGGCAGAAAAGAGCACACAGAGAUGCUCCACGGGUUGGGAGGGAGGGAGCUUUGGGGAAAUGACUCUUUGCUUUAAUUUCUCUUUGUUCUUCAUUGCAUUUUGUUCUGUAAGCCUGUUGAAAAAAACAUAACUUCCCACUUCUAACGAUGUUUUGCAAUUAUCCCUGCAAUUACAACAGUUUCUUCUGAACUGUGAGUCCCUGUCUUAUAUUGGGUCUCUUUUCUUCCUGCAUCGUAUCAUCAGUAGCCUGUUUCCAGGCCCACCCCUUUUCUAGCAUCUUUAUCUUCUUUCUUAGUUACGGUACUGUCUGCAAACCACCUGUGGGAGCCAGUUUAUUCUCCUCCACCCCCUCUUUUUUUUUUUGUUGUUUAAACUUUUUCCUAGGAUAUAAACAGAGAUUUUCAUCGAGAACCUGAACUGCUGCAGAGGAUUAUAAUCUGCACACACUGAUUAACAAACGCCCUCCUUGUGCUAGGGAUUUGAAAGACUAGAUGCUCCAAAAUCUCAGAAAUAUUGAUAGAGACAGCCCUACACAUUGCCCGCCUCCGGGCUUGUCACUUGGCACCCGCCAGCAGGUCACCGUGUCCAAACCGUGGCUGCUAGAAAAGACCGCGGCCGUAUUCCCUUGAGUCCGUACUGGAGGCAGAGUUUGUGCAUUAACUCUUACAUCCCCACACCUCGGGAUCACCCACGGCUCUGCCCUUCACUUUCAGUCUGGCCUGGGAAAGCCAAACCGUGACCAGCCCACGCUGCAGCGUGUCCCUCUGUGGGUCCUACAUGUGAGUAACACACGUGGCACUGAACAGCCGGUGCCCCAAAUCAUCCUGCGCUUUCCCACUUAGCACCGCGCACCUUGAAAUCGGUGCUGUGAGCGUGACCUUCGGGCGCCGGUAGGCGACACAUGUUUCCUUGAGCCUGUGAGUGACAGAGGAAAACAUGCACUCUGCGUUCAAGGCGCCUUUAAAUAUGGCUUCUGGCUUUAACAACCUCACACUGUAUCUUGUGUGAGCCCUCAUUAUAUUUUCUACUGCAUAUGCAUGAUUUCUUUUUUUGAAUUUUUUUUAAAAAGCAAUUAACAGUUAUUUGGAUAAGAAUGUCUUACCAUAUGUCAAUUGUUCUGCCAGCAAAUGCUGCAUUGAAAUUUUUAGAAAAGGAACAAAAGGGUUUCACAUACCAGUCAUACCCAACCAUGCUGUAACUGAAACUGAUAGACAAUUGAUUCUGUUCUUUUUUUUUCCUCCCAAAUACACAUGAAUCUCAAAAUAGUGAUUUACUAGCUGGCCUCUACCUACUGCACAUCCUGUAUGUUUCUGUAUAUUUUCUGUACUGGGUGAUUUUGCUGGAAACAGCCUGUCGUAAUAGGUGAGGCAGGAGUUGAUAGCUACCUUGGGAGGAGGGGGAAUGAAUGCAUUGGGUGUCUGUCCUCUCAAUUCCCCUUUUGUGCAGGUUGCUGUGAAGAGAUCAGGUUGAAGGGCUCCCUCCAUCUGGGUGAGUGAGGGAACCAGCCGUGCAGGGAAUGGACUCAUCAGGCUCGACUUGGAGCUGUGCGAAGUGUCAAGGAGAUCUGAGGUGGCCAGGUCUUCAGCCAAGAGAAAGUAUCCAGUGCUCUGAAUCUAGCUCUGCUCAUUUCCAUCAUGCCUGCUGGUGGGCAAUGUUAAAGGAGCUGUAGGCUGCUCUUAGCCAUGUCCCUCUUGCCAUCACCAACUAGCUGUAGCUGGGGAGCCAAAGGGAGAGCCCCACAGAAGGCUGGGGUGUGACGGUUCAGCGAGGAGACAAAGACUCCUUAAAGUCUUGGUAAAGACUGACUGAUAUGAAAAAAAAAAAAAAAAAAAAAAAGAAAAUUUGCAAAGAUGCAUCAAAUUAGACACUCUAACCCCUGACAGUAAUUUCAUUGCACUUCCCAUUUAAACUUUUUCCUCAAACAGCAGCGAGUCUUUGAAACUAUGAACCAUUUGGCCAAGGAUGCAGCAGCAAAGCAUGAAGCCCAGGUAGGAUGUGUAAAGCAAGGAAACGCAGGAGGUGGUUAAGUAAGUCCUUACAGGACACUUUGCAGCCGUGUCUGUAUCUGGCUUUCUCCAAGUGGGUUUUUGUUUUGAGUUGUUGGGGUUUUUUUACCUGUCAUAAACUGGGUUAUAUAGUUCGGCAGUGUCAAGUGUUUCAGCAGAGCAAGUUAGUCAGGGGCUGGACCUAUGGCCCUGACUGCAGCCUCUGCCACUCUUGCUAGGGCUGCAGAAAUGCAGGGAGGGACUUUCACAGAGGAGCAAGUGUCAGGCCAGAAAUCACUCUGCAGGGAUUUUUGGCAUGGGUUUUUGGUUUAAACUCAAACCACGUUUGUGGUAUGUGGCGUAAAGAGAACAGCAGCCCUUUGGUACUGUGUUUGCAAACAAAGUAUCAGGCUCUGCCUUGUCUUGUCACUCCUGUGUCCAAAAGUGCUCAGCCCUGCCAUUAGGCAUGAUAACGUUCAGGCUGGUGGCUGCUCUGAUGGAGGAUGGUUUCCUCAUGUGCUGACACCCAAAGGUGAUGUUUGAGACACAGUCUAUAGCACCAGGUCACACAUUUACCAAUUGUCAGUCUUUCUAUAAAGCUCUGAGAAAGUCUCUCUGGAUUAACAGUGGUUGGCUUUAGGCAUUUGAAUAAAAAUAUACUUAUUAAAAAACAACAACAAAAUGAGAUACUUUUCUCUAUAUGCAGUGCAUGCCAGCUUUGCUUUUAAAAUGACAAACUUAACAGAGUAUGUGGAUCUAUUUUCUUGGGAAAAAGGGGUUUUUAUCAUAUGAUUCAUCCAGGAUUUGCCUUACCCUGGCAUUUGUGAUAUAAAGUUGUUUAAAAAAAAACUCAAUCCAAAAAUAUGUUUCUACUUCAAUGCAAAGAAAUGUAGACUGUUGCUUGCAAAAUGUCUUCUAAUAGAUGGUCUAGCAGCUACAUCAGUUAACACAUGCCUCUUCUGGUACUCUGUCAUUUACGUGCUGAAUUUGCCUCUGAGUCUGUUAUUUUUCCUUUUGUCUAUGCCAUGCAUUGGAAAACUUAAAGAACCAAUGCUUUCAUGCUACAUACAAUGUUUGUUAAAGCAAAACUUUAAUAAAGCUUGUUCUGAAGAUGA